CAAACGAAAGCGCCAUACCCAGGCCCCACGAAAAUGGAACCCUCGCCUCUCGCUCCGCCACCUGCGUCGUCUAUCCCGGCUACCACUGCCGCCGCAGCCGCCGCAGCCGCAGCCGCAGCCGCCACGGUCAACUACCCUGACUCCCUUGAUUCAUCACCCCGUUCGCGGAAUACGGAUUCAUGGGACGAUCCAGCGCCGCCGCCCGCUGUCCACUUAAAGCUCCGGCUCAUGUGCAGCUAUGGAGGUACGAUCGUUCCUCGCCCACAUGAUAAGGUGCUGUGCUACGUGGGCGGCGAGACCAAGAUGGUUGUGGUGGACCGGCACACUUCUCUUGCUAUUCUCCAACACCGGUUAUCCCUCGCUCUUCUCCAGGGCAUGUCUUUUACCCUCAAAUACCAGCUGCCAUCCGAGGAUCUCGAUUCCCUCAUUUCUGUUACCACCGACGAGGACCUGGAGAAUAUGAUCGAUGAGUAUGACCGGACUUGCGCGGCCACUACUGCCUCUAGCAAAUCCGUCCGCAUCCGCCUCUUUCUUUUUCCCGUCAAUUCCGAAGGGGCGCCGCCGUCUUCCCAUUCGAUUGGUCCGAUCAUUAAUAAUUCCGCCAAGUCUGACGAGUGGUUCCUCAACGCGUUGAAUGGGCCUGGGCUAGUCAAUAGAGGUAUCGCCGAUUCGGCGACUGUGAAUUGCUUGCUGGGUUUGGACGAUGACCGCCCGGUGGAGUCGGGCGGGAGAGAUGUGGAGGGAACUGGUAGUCAGAAGAAUAUGAAUUUGAAGCAGCAGGGGAAUCAGGAUGUUCACUCGGUGCCCGAUUCUCCCAUGCUGGAAACUACAUCCUCUUUUGGCUCGACGUCGUCCUCCCCUUCACUGGCCAAUUUGCAGCCAAUUCGAGUCCGGGAGGAGGAUAGCAGUGGAGGCGAGAGGUCGAGGUUGCAACAGGAUCAGAAGGUGGUGGGGCUUGAGGAGCAGUUUGCUCAGAUGACUGUCAAUAGUGGUGGGCAGAAGCAACCGGAUGAGGCGUUUGUUCUCAUGUCAUCUCCGCCACCUAUGCCCUCAACUCUAAUGGUGUCUGGUGGUCUACCUUUGAGUUCCACGGCUGUUUCCGGAGAGUAUCAGAAUCGGGUUUUCUCGGAUGAUGAGAGAUCUGAUCAUGGGGCUCCCAUUGGGUACAGAAAACCACCUGCUCCACAGUCACAGCCCCAGGGUUUACCCAUGCAGUAUCAACAGAAGUCUAGUGGUGGUCAUGAAUUGCCUUCUCCAGAUUCAGUCUCAAGUGAGACUAGUAUUACGAAUCCAAUGUCUCGCCAAAUACCUGUAAUUUAUCAAGAGCAGGUUGUUCAAAUCCCCUCUGGAGCCAACAGGGUUCCUGCUAACCCUGUUGAACCAAAGGGUAAUGUCUCUGAUCCAAACACAAACACUCGGGUCCAGAUACAGCAACAGGUUCAGGAUACUGGUUAUGUCUUGCAACCACAGCAAUUUGAUCAGCAACAGCCACAACAACCACAGCAGCAAUUCAUCCAUGCUGGCGCACAUUACAUUCACCAUCACCCCUCAGGGGCAGUGCCAAUGCCAGCUUACUAUCAGGUUUAUCCUUCCCAACAGCAACCCAACCUCCAUCAUCACCCUCAGAUUGAUCAGCAGUACCCAGUGUACUAUGUGCCUGCAAGGCAACCCCAGCCAUACAACUUGCCUAUGCAGCAGUCUAGCAUGGGUGAAGCUCCCACUGCAAUCCCAUCUAGCCACCCUCAGAAUCCUUCCAAUCCUUCAAUGGUUCCUCCUCCUGGAGCUUACAAUCCUGUGAGAAAUGCUCCAAUGGGUAAGCCUGAAAUGGCUGCUGUUACAGGAGUGUACAGAACAACAAAUGCAGGUGCUCCACAACUGGUUCAAGUGCCAGCCGGUCAGCACCAGCAACAAUAUGUUGGUUACUCUCAGAUUCAUCAUCCAUCACAGUCUGUUGCCCCUACCUCAGCCACAACUGCUGCUUAUGCUUAUGAAUAUGCGGAUCCUGCCCAUGCCCAGAUGUACUAUACUCAGCCUAUGGCACCAACGAUGCCUUCUCAGAUGAAACAAUGACAGCUGCACAGCAAUGGUCUUACCAGAAGCUUCUGCUCCGUUCUGAACCAACAACAUCAAGUAGCAGAUCAAAACUUCACAGCCAAUGUAAAUCAGUCAAGAAGAAAUGGACAGCAAUUUUGAGGGAAGGGUUUGGUUUAUAUAUUUAAAUUUUCUGUUUUUAUUGUCAUUAUUGGUAUUGGUUUGUGUUAUGUACUUGUGAUUAUAUAAUAAGGAACUCCAUGUUCUUUUUACUCUUUCCUGUAUCUCGUAUUGUUGGUAUUGUCAUGGGAAAUGGAAAUGGUCUAAAGAUUAUACCGUGAAAGUCCAAACUCCAAAUAUGAUGUUUUGGUUCCUGCAGCUCAAAUAUCAGUUUCUGAAUAGUGGUUACACAAGGAGCCAGGUUUCAGAAUUAAUUGUUUGAUAAUUCGUUCUUGAUUCAGGAUUCUUGUGAUAUUCGGUGUGCAGAGAAGAAGAAAGAACCUGUUUCUUCAGAAAAACAUAACUUAGGGAUGCAUUCUUUGAUA